UGUACACUACCGCAACGGCUCUAGCCUGCUUCUGCUCCAGAGUCAUGGCCAACCCCCAGACGCGUAACCAGAGUUUCUCCAAGCUAAGAUCUCACAUGGUAGAAGAACAAAAGUCAUUCCAACAAGUUGUCCUUUAAUCUUCCCUGUGCCCCGUGGCUCAUGAAUACAUACAUACACAAAGAAAGGAAGGAAGAAAGAGAGGAAAGAAAAAAUGGGGCUGGAGGGGACUUCAGAGAUGGUCCAGCAGAACACGCACACAAUCUUCAGGAGGGACUCCGGAAGCAGAGAGCAUUGAGAAACGCAAGCUUUCCCAGAAGCGAAGGACACUGCCCUUGCAGUUAUCCAUGUGUGGCCACCUGUCACCAUGGCCUACAUACACCAGUGGCCAGACGAUUCUACAUAAACGAAAGCCCUGUUCAGAUGACAGCCGGAAUCGAGCCAAACCAAGAGUACAAGGAUCCAUGGGUGCUAGUGACAUCUCAGCCCACCAUCCUCUGCAGUAGCUGGCAGCAGCAGCCCCUGAGCAUCUCCAAGCCCAGGUACCUGGAGCAACUAGAGAAUUACCUGCGCAAGGAACUCCUGCUGCUGGACCUGAGCACGGAUUCUGCACAAGAACUGAGGCUGCAGCCUUAUAGGGAGAUCUUUGAGUUCUUCAUAGAGGAUUUCAAGACAUACAAGCCAUUGUUAUCCUCCAUCAAGAAUGCGUAUGAGGUGAUGCUGGCCCACCAAAGAGAGAAAAUCCGGUCCCUAGAGCCCCUGAAGGCCAAGAUUGUCACUGUGAACGAGGACUGCAGUGAGAGAGUUCUGGCCAUGAGGGCUGAGGAGAGGCAUGAAAUCUCUGUGCUCAAGAAAGAGAAGAUGAAUUUGCUAAAACUCAUUGAUAAAAAGAAUGAAGAGAAGAUCUCACUGCAGUGUGAGGUGGCUAAACUGAGGAAGAGCCUGGCUGAGGAGUACUUGCGUUACCUUACCGAACGAGAUGCCCGAAAGAUUCUCAUCGGGGACCUGAAUGAACUGAGGUACCAGCGAGAAGACAUGUCACUAGCCCAGAGCCCAGGCGUUUGGGGAGAAGACCCUGUGAAGCUAACUCUGGCACUGAAGAUGACUCGACAAGACCUGACUCGCACGCAGAUGGAACUUAACACAAUGAAAGCCAACUUUGGAGAUGUGGUGCCCAGGAGAGACUUCGAAAUGCAAGAGAAGACCAACAUGGAGCUUCAAGAGCAGCUAGAAAGCCUGAGAGGCGACUAUGAAGAAGUCCGGAAGGAGCAUGAGAUGCUGCUGCAGUUGCACAUGAGCACACUAAAGGAGCGGGACCAGUUCUAUAAUGAGCUGCAGGAGAUCCAGCGCACCUCUACACCGCGGCCUGACUGGACCAAAUGCGAAAGUGUCAUAGCAGGGGGCCAGGAACGCUGGCUAGUGCUGGCUGAAGGGAAGAACAGUGACCAGCUGGUGGAUGUGCUCCUGGAGGAAAUUGGCAUGGGUCUGCUUCGGGAGAAGGACUUCUUCCCUGGCCUGGGCUUUGGGGAUUCCAUCCCUCCAUUCCUUCGGUUUGAUGGCCCUGUGAAGAACAAGAAGCCCAGCAAAAAGGAGGUGGUAAAUCUCCUUAAGGAUGCCUGGAAGGAGCGUGUUGCAGAGGAGCAGAAAGAGUCAUUUCCAGAUUUCUUCUUCAAUUUUCUGGAGCGUCGCUUUGGGGUCAAUGAAGCCAUGGCCUGGGCUUAUACCAUUUUUGAAAAUAUCAAGCUCUUUCGUUCCAGUGAGAUCAUGAGUCAGUUCUAUGCAGUUUUGAUGGGAAAGACUUUGGAGAGUGUAUAUAUCAACCAAAAAGACACACUGUUCCACCUGCUGAAGGAGCUGAUAAAUGCUGACACUCAGAAUGAGGGGUCAAUAACCAUGGAACAAUUCAGCACCGUCCUCAAAACUACCUUUCCUCUCAAGAAGGAAGAGCAGAUUAUGGAGUUGAUGGAGGCAGCAGGCUGGGGUCCAGACAGCAGCAACACAGACAUGUUAAACUAUCGAUCAUUGUUUACUGAGGAUGAGGAAGGCCAGAGUGAGCCAUUUGUGCAAAAGCUGUGGGAACAGUAUAACAGUGAGAAGGAAGCUUACUUAGAAGAACUGAAGCAGGAGCUAAACAUGGAACCUCUUGAAGAGGUGACCCUACUGAAGAUGCGUGGGACACUGAUGAACAUUGAUCCCACCAUGGACAGGCAGACUCUGAGUGCCUACCUGAGCCAGGCCUAUCAGAUCCCUGCAAUUGAUGUUCCACUGGAUGAUGAAGAGAGGCAGGGGAUAAUUUCCGUAACGCUUGAGACUGCACUUGAUCGACUUAAGAUGGCAGACACGAAGCGUGUAGGACCUCGAGAGCCAGAGCAAGCAAGCUAGAGCCUCCAAAGGCAACAGAAAUACUCCAAUGUUGCUAACCUUCUUCUAGUAUAAAAUUCUUUAUUUAAAUUCAUACUAUUUUUCAGGCUGGGGGAAGGUGAUCUGGGCAGGCCCUAAGACAUGCACUAAAAAGCAGAACAACUAGGGGUUGGGGAUUUAGCUCAGUGGUAGAGCGCUUGCCCUGGGUUCGGUCCCCAGCUCCGAGAAAAAAAAAAAAAAAAAAGAACCAAAAAAAAAAAAAAAGCAGAACGACUCAUUUGUGAGAGUUUAUUGGUGCUAGGAGAUGAGGAACCUUGACAAUUGUUUAGAUGCCCAAGGUAGGGAGAGUAGGUGCCAGCUAAGGCCUGGUCCUACUGUGCAGGAAAGACAGAAUUGCCUCUGAAUGCACAGGGGAUAAGUUGUUGCCGGUACUCCAAGGGCAGGUACCGCUCCACAAGCACAUGCAGCGAGACUUGAUCAGUGACUAGUCCCUGUCUGUAUGAGAGGAAAAGAGGAUCAAACAGAAUUAACACCAGCCCUCUCAUACUCAGCCUCCCUUUUAUGUGCACUUACCGUCGCAUCAGCAGCUCUAAGUCCUUUGGCUUCACAGUCUUACGGCCGGCAUGAGCAGCAAAUACCUCCAGAUCAUUGCAAAGGCGCUGGAAAUACUCGUCUAGGCUGCCAAGAAGGUUGCAAUAGAACAAACUGAAGAGUCUGUCUGUGAAAUGGCACCUGUACCCACUCACAUGCUAGACUCACCACUUCUCUACCAUCUCAAGAGCCGCUUUCUCCACGGGCAUCUUAGUAUGGAAACUGAAGAGCUUCACAUAGUGGCUCAGUCCGGCCUUGUAGGGGUCUUGGUGGUGCCUGGGCUGUGCAGUGCGGGUCCUGGACGGAAGCUUGGCUGGCACAGACUCGGAAGAUACGCUGAGGACAGGAGCAGACAGCUGAUGGAACAACUCCUGCUGGCUCUGCUCAAACUGGGACUGCUGCAAAUUAACUUGAACAAGGACUCCAACAGGGAGUGGGGGGAGAUGGAGAGGGGGGUACAACACCUUCAAGCCCAGCACUGGGGAAUCAGGGCAGAAGAAUCUGAAUUCAAGGCCAGCCUCUAUUGAUUGAGUUUCAGGAUAGCUAGGAGUAUACAGAGAAACCCUGUCUCAAAAAAAAAAAAAAAAAAAAAAGGAAGAGGAGGAAGAGGAGGAGGAGAGAGGGUGAUAACUAACACAGCCUGUUCCUUCCCUGUGACCCUGAUCCUUCAGUCUAGACCCAAUAUCCUAGUCAAGCCUCAACAUUUAUGUUGGUACCUGCUCAAGUUUAUUAAACCUCAGAUCUCAAAUUGGACAGUCUCUCUCCCCCCCUCAGGAAUCCAUUACUGCCUGUCCCAAGCCCAAUGACCUCUAGGAAGCCGCCUAGGGUUACAUGCUGACCUAGGAGCUUCUCCCUCACCGAAGUUCAUGUAAACAUGUAGGCACAGGCACCAGGAUGACUGACAGGCAGACUCUAACUACCAGGCUUGAGCUGCUGUGCUUGGCAGUCAUCUGCAUAUCUAUGAGGAAUUAAAAAAUGCACAGUGCCAAUUCAGGACACACUCUUCCCAACAACCAGGGUUUCUUACGCUGCAACUCCAGGUGAUGGGGGUGGCUCAAAUAAUUGAUGUGGCUCUUCGGCUAGGAGUAAGUCCUGGGCGCUGGAGGAUAAUUCUCGACUUGCUGUAGAGAAAGAGUUGUGGCACAAGGGGUUCAGGCUUGGCCAUUUUACACAGCUGUAAAGGUCUACUCUCCUAAUUGCUAAGGGCCUCAUGGAGCUCUAGUUAAGUGAUUGCCCUUUACAUGCUCCCCAGCCCCGGCAAAUUUUCUUCUGUAUGAUAGGACCUAAGAAGCUAGCUAGGGGGGUUGGGGAUUUAGCUCAGUGGUAGAGCGCUUGCUUAGCCAACGCAAGGCCCUGGGUUCGGUCCCCAGCUCCGAAAAAAAGAAAAAAGAAAAAAAAACAACAAACAAACAAACAAAAAAAAACUAGCUAGGAACACUCAUCUUCGGAUACCUACACUAGGCCUCUUACCUGGCAUGCCAGAAGUUUCCUCAUCCCCUGAAGAUCCUUCUAAAUCCUUGGGCUCUUCAGCCUCCUUGGAUCCCACUGCUUCUCUUAGUUCUGGAGACUGAGGCUGUGGCUCUGAGAAGGGCAAAGGAGAGGCACCAAAGCCAGCUCUGCUCACUGAGGGGAGGACAAACAGCACCAUAGCAUUGACUCAGACUCUCCUGGCCCCACCCGAACUCUGCUCUUCAGAAAAGGAGGGAGUCCUGAGCAGGGGCUUCUGGGUACACACAAGUACUGGAGGAGGGAAAUCCCUUGUCCAGGCUAAGUCAGCCGCUCCUUAUACUCACUUUGGCUCUGCGGCCUAGUCCCAGUGCUUGGUGUCCUGGGGCCCACAACUCUUUCAGCAUCUUCAACCUCAGUUUGAGAAGGGUUGGGCAGAGAGUGAUGCACACUAAGGGAACAGCCAGCUAAGGGCUGUGAGAAAGGCUGUGUGUCUUCAAACACUACAUCCGUUGGCAGAGCAGCAACAGGCGUUCUAUGACUGUCACCUGGAGAUCAAGAGCCAGAGAAAUUCUAUAUCCUAGGCCUACCUGUUAAAACCUGGGACUAAAAGGUAGAGGCAGCGAAACCUAAGGAACGUCCAGAAGGAGACAAAGUCCCUUCUAAGGCUUCUACCUUCCCUUGCCCUCCUUGCUAGGCCACCCUUCCUGGCCUUCCUCUGACACCCCCAGCCUGUACAACUUGCUCAUAGCCCCCAAAACCGUUUAUAUCCUCUGCUCAGCACUUUCCUCAAACAUGAACUUGUUCUCUGGAAUCAGGCUCAUGGAGCUCUAGUUAAGUGAUUGCCCUUUCCACUCUCCCUGGCCCCGGCAAAUGUUCUUCUGUAUGACAGGACCUAACCUUAGUGCUAACUGAUCAUUAUUUCCCCAGCCGUCUUUUAACAGGCACUAUAGGACGCCCUGUAGUUCAAGAAUAUAAAGUAAUGAAAGCCACAGAGACUAAGACUAGACUCACCCUGAUGGCCAUUCUUUUUCCUCUUUUUUUUUUUCUGAGAUAGGGUUUCUCUAUGUAGCCUUGAUGGUUCUGGAGCUCGCUCUGCAGAGCAGACUGGCCUGGAAUUUGCAAGCGCUGGCUAUGAUGACUAUUUUUGGUUGUUACCUUAACUAUAUCUGGAAUGAACUAAAAUCCAAAUGACUGGGCACACCUGUUAGGGAUUUUUCCUUAAAUCAUUUGAUGUUUCCCACUUCUCUGAGGUGGGAAAAUCCACCUUUAAUCUGGGCCACAACUCCUGUUGGCAGCCUAUAUAAAGGUCAUGGAAGAAGGCUGCUUUCUCUUUGCCUGUUUGCUCUUGCUCUCAGUAGCAAGUUUAUACCCUCACUGUCAACAGAGCCUACUUAAAGAUUCCAGCAUAUACUAAAGACCAGCUGAGGACUUAAGAAAUGACUGGAUUCUUGGAUACUGCAUGGGUAGACAGCAAUUGCUGGCUAUCUGGACCACAGCCUAUAAGCCAUUCUAAUAAAUCCUUCCCCCUAUACUCA